GUGGCUGCGUGGAUUGUGCCUCAUCCACCACUCCACUUGGACAUUCGAUUCAAGAUUUUCGCGCGGACCAACAUCACCAUGGCCUUGUCCGGCUCCGUGUGCGUCCUGGCGGUGCUGGCGGUGGUCCUGGUGGGCCAGACGACGGCCGCCCCCGCCCCCGAGCCCGCGCCGACGCCCAGCCCCAUCUGGAGGCUGUUCGGCGGCCUGGGCGGCUACAGCGGCGGCUACAGCGGCGGCUACAACCGCGGCGGCUUCGGCGGCUACGGCCAGCGCGGCUCGCGAGCUUACAACGGGCCGCCGCCAGAAGGGCCCAACGAGUACAAAGCCAUCUGCAGGGUCAACAACGCCGACAACUACGCCUUCGGGCCGGGGCACAUCCCCGCCGGGCCGGUGUGCCCGUGGUAGUCGGUUCGACCAGUUCGGUUCCACGAUGCGUUUUUGAAGGCUGUGACUUUUUAUUACUAUUAUUUUAAUUUGAUUUUACGCUUGGUGGUGACUGUGAUACCGGCGAGGAGUGAGUUGGUGGAGAGCACGAAGUGAAUCAGAGGGCGUACACUCUAUAUGUCUUGCUAUGAAAUUUGAACUGCGUUACAGUGGAUUUGGCGCUAGCAUGAUACGAAUAUUUUGAGGGUUUUCACUUUAAGAUGCAAAGAAAAACCUUCGUAAUAGGGUUAGGUUAGGUACCAAAAAAUAAAAAAAAAAAAAAAACCGCUCUGGUCAUGCUUGCGCCAUUUGCCUCGUACUGUGGGAAAGACACUUUUGGAGUGUACAGUGCGACGAGUUUCCUCGUGAGAUUCCCUUCCGGAGGCUCCACACUCUAGCUUGCUUUUUCUCCUGUGAUCUUUGUAAACCAUGACAGUAUGCCGGGAAAAAAUCCCGUUAUUUAAGAAUAAGUUAUUGAUUUAUUGUAUAAGUGUGUGCAACGUUGUUGUUGCAAGAACCGAAACAAAGUCUGCGGCGCUUCUCCGUGGCCAUUCUGAUCUUCUUCCAGUUGAAUGAUUCCUAGUCAAAAUGGUCUGAAGGCGAUCCAAUAAAUUAUUUGUUUCUGGAA